UCAAUGGUUAACUCCUCUGAGGUCAUGUCACGGUAUAAAACACGGCACACACGCACCGAGAGCAGAUCUGACAUACAGCAGCAGAUAUUGGCUUCAGCACAUCUCUGGUUCUGCUAUGAGAAGGCUGUGUGUGUUGGUGUUGUUGGUGAGCGUCCUCGUCUGUCCGGCGGAUCUUUCUCCGGUGAUCGGGCCUGAACCCAUCCGCUGUGCUCCAUGCUCUCCGGAGCAGCUGGACUCCUGCCCCGCCGUGUCCUCGGACUGUCCGGAGGUGCUGCGAGAGCCGGGCUGCGGAUGCUGCUCGUCCUGCGCGCUGAAGAAAGGAGAGUCCUGCGGUGUUUAUACGGCUCACUGCGGCGCCGGCCUGCGCUGCGUCCCGAGACCCGGCGACCCGCGGCCGCUCCACGCUCUGACCCGCGGACACGCCGUCUGCACUGAGGACGACCGCACAGAAGAUGACCCGGACAUCACGUCUGACCAGGGCUCCCUGCAGCACCUGCUGGGCCUCAACCGGCCGCUGGACCCGCGGGACGCAGCGGAGGCUCAGGAGAGCAUCAAGGCCAAAGUCAACGCCAUCCGCAAGAAACUGAUCCAACAGGGUCCGUGUCACACGGAGCUGCAUGCUUCUCUGGAUCUUAUCACUGAAUCGCAGCAGAUGUUAGGAGAGAAGUUCACCAGCUUUUACCUGCCCAACUGUGACAAGCACGGAUUCUACAAGGCCAAACAGUGUGAGACGUCUCUGGAGGGCCAGCCUCCCCGCUGCUGGUGUGUGUCGUCCUGGAACGGGAAGAGAAUCCGUGAGGAUCUGGCGUCUGAUUCCCAGUGUCCUCAGGAGCUCACGCACUGAACCGAAGCUGCAGAUCAUUUCACUUAUGUACCAUAUUUAUUCUUAUGUAUAUGGCUCUUAUGUGGUUAAUAUUUAUGAACUAGUUUUUGACAGAAUUCUACCAGAAUGAAUGAAACGCACUAGAAAACAUGGUGUUUUACGCUCCACAAUGACACAACAGUAUGAUAUUUUAUGACAAGUCUGUGAUUCUGUCUCAGUCUUUGUUCGCUGUGGUUUUUCCUGACCACUUUAAUUCAGUAUAACUGUUUUUGCACCGCAAAUGUCCAAGGUGAACCUGUUUGGACGCUGAUAGUCUGUAAACAGUUUCAUGUGUUUGUUUUCUGUAAGCUCAGUUUUAAUUGCUAUUUUAUUUGAUUAUGUAUUUAAAACAGAUGUCUACCUCACAUUAGACAUGACGUCUUUAUGGACUCCCUGAAUGCAUUUAACAUUUAAGAGUGCUGCUCUAUUUAUUCUGAAACCAUUAUUUUAUUGGAUGUAAAUGUGUGUGUGUAUAUAACCUCAUGAGUUUAUUUCAAU